CUUAGUAAUUCGCUUGGCGCCUACCAUAAUAGCUAUUUAAUAAAUAUAUCUAGCUCGAUUAGGUUAAGGGAUUGCUGCAAUGCAAGAAACAUCCGGUAACGCAAUUGACUCAUUCUAUUCGCUCACCCCGGAUGAGCAAUUUGCAUAUAUUCACAUACUUUUACCGAGUCAAAUUUCAACCACAUGCUAAACACAUAACCUUUUCCCCGCACACCUACAACCAUGGCAAGUCGUGCCCCAAACCCACUCGGGGAGAUCGUCAAUGAUACCUCAGCUCAACGUCCGUCCCGAGACACCAGAUUAGUCGGCCGAUAUGUGACGCUAGUCGGGCUGUCCGCGGCCCAUGCCGAUCCGCUAUACCCACAUAUAUCGGGUCCCGAAAACGCACAUCUCUGGGACUACAUGUUUGAAGGGCCGUACGACGACAUCGCCGAGUACCGCUCUAGUCUAAAGGCUAAGGAGGCCAGCCAGGAUCCGAUCUUCUAUGCCAUUCUAUCAAAUGACAAGGCUGCCGAGGCAGGAAAUGACGAGGAGAGCGGUAGGGUCGUUGGUAUAGCCAGUUAUUUACGUAUCGAUCCGGGACACCGCUCUAUCGAAGUCGGUCACCUUAUGUACUCGUCGCAGCUACAGCGCACACCUGCUGCUACCGAGGCUAUGUACCUGAUGCUACGCCACGCAUUCGAGGACCUAGGAUACCGAAGGUACGAAUGGAAGUGCAAUUCGCUCAACGCGCCAAGUAGCAGAGCGGCUCUGCGCCUCGGAUUCACAUACGAAGGACUCUUCAGGAAGCACUUGAUCGCCAAGGGCCGCAAUAGAGAUACUGCGUGGUAUUCUAUUAUUGAUGACGAGUGGCCCGGUGUUAAGAAAGCGCUCGAGGCUUGGCUGGAUCCUGCUAACUUUGACAGCGAGGGUAGACAGCGGAAGAAAUUAGAGGAGUUUAGACAAUGAGGUAUUGGGGUUAUUCAAGGUCAUUUUUAGGUCCCGUGGCAUAGAAUUAGCACUUGCUGAUAUUAAUAAGCCUGAGUUGUUGGAAGAUCAGUCAAUAAUAGGGGAUACGUUAGGCGCUAUAUUAUAUUUAAAAUAGAUAAGUCCUUACGUAAAACAGGGAAACCAAUAUGUCCCUUAAAGUAAGUAGUGAUAGGUACCUGGUACUAGGUUUAAAGGGGUGAAGCCAAUAAUUGCUUUCAGCUGGCAGACAACUGCCACCUAACAUUCCUUAAAUAUCACAACCUAACGGUAAGUACCCAUACUUUGCACAUAC